UUUAGUUACUUUGAUUGUGCACCUUGCCAUCUCUUAUUCUUUCUUAGCAAAUCAAAGCAACAUGAGUGCACUUUUAUUCCUCACCUUUGUUUGUUGCGUUGGAGCACAAAACAUUCAGCAGCCAAAACAUUUGCAAACCUCUAAACUGGGUGAUAAUGUCACUAUUGAGUGCUACUUACCCAAUAAAGAUUUUAACAAUAUGGUGUGGUACAAGCAGGAGAUGGGAAUGAAGCUUCAGAUCAUUUCAGAAAGUUACAUUUACCUGACAAAGGUUGAUUUUGCUGAUGGAUAUAAUGAUGGGCGUUUUACUGUAACAAUAAGCACAGGCAUUUAUCAUUUACACAUUUCAUUGACAAAAAAGGAAGAUGUAGGAACGUAUUUUUGUGGAGUGCUAAAUUUAGGAGAACUGGAUUUUGGACCUGGAACAUUUUUGAUGCUUAACGAGCACACCUCAAAAACAGUUCUUCAGGAGCCUAUUUCAGAUGAAGUUCACAUUGGGGACAACAUUACUCUCACGUGUAGAGUCCAAACGGUAGAUAAGAAAUGUAAAGGAGCACACCAUGCUUACUGGUUUAGAGAGGCUGCAGAAGAAUCCAGUCCUGCCAUCAUUUACACUGAUGAUAUGAAGAAACAUGAAGAGAUCUGUAAGGAUUAUUCUACUGCACAAACCUGCAUUUACAGCCUCACAAAGAGGAACCUCAGCCUUUCUGAUGCUGGUACUUAUUACUGUGCUGUACUCACAUGCGGCAAGAUCAUGUUUGGAAAUGGAACUUCUUUGGAAAUCAGCUCAAUACCUGAUAGCGAGUUGACAACAAGUCCUUCGUUUCUCAUACUGGCCUUAUCAAACAUCAUUUCUAUGCUAAUAAUGAUUUUACUUGUGGCUGUGCAAUGUAAAGACCAAGGCAGCUCAUCAGUCAACAGAUCUUGUAAUCAAGAGACAUCUGAAUGUACUCAGGUUGGAGAUGCAGAUGCCUUGACUUACACAUCUGUGAGUUUCAGCAGUAAGUCACGGCCCCCUAGAGGUGCUAAACAACACAACAUUUCUCAGCAUACUGAUGUCUAUUCACAGAUCCGGUCCUAACAGAGGAACCACUGGAAAACCUAAACAUGUUUUCUGUACUUUAGUGAUCCAAAUGUGCCAAUGCAUAAAGCAUAAUGAACUAAACAGUGCAAGAUACAAUCAAAUUGAUUAUAAAAUAUUAUACUGUAAAAUAGCUGUUAUAAAAUAAGUGUUAUCUGAAGAUGGCAAUCAUUCAUGCUGGAACAAAUAAUACAAAUUCUUGCUAUUAAAUAUUUUGCCAUUUCCUUGUUUUUUGAAAACAUAUAAACUGUCCUCUUAUUAGAUUUUUUUUUUCUCUCUAACUGAUGAUGCUACAUAAAUGCUGUUUGGCUGAUGGCACAGUACCAAACCCUUCCUACUAGUGACUGUCCAGAGCACACAGGGAACAUUUAAGUCCAUUUCAUGCUUUAAAGAGCCCUCCAAAAUGGAAAUGACCACAAUUAGUUUCUAUACUGGUAUGAAGUAUUAGCAUUAAAUAUGCUGAUGGCAAAACUGCAGCAUGAUACUGGUGAGCACUGACCGGUUAUUGAUCAAAGCACUAGACCUUACACCAACUGAGGAUUUAUAUUUAAAUUUGCAUUUAAAUUCACACACUGACCUCAAAAGAACAAACUUCAAAGUAACAUCUUUGCAGUGUUGAGGGAAAGUGGAGCACUAAUUCAAAAUUUUUGCAUAUAAAUUUUAUUUGAAUGUUUAUUAAAACCAGAAGCUCUAGAAUGUGACAUCAUAUCCUGUGACCAUCAUAUUGCAGUGUCUGAAGAAGUUCUCUCCAAGUUUAGUGUUUCAACACAAAAAGUAUUAAUGGCAGUCAAUGGAGCAAGAUGCAAGUACUGGUACAAAACUUAAACAUCAUCUUUAAGCAAACUAUAUGAACAUUCUGAAUGGGUAAUUCAGUUGUUUAGCUCAGAGUUGUUUAAUAAACAGCAUGUAAUGUGUGUAUUUCCUUUAAAUACAAAAUCACUGAAUUAUAAAUCAGGAUUUUUUUGAAGGCAUUUUACUCACUGAUAUGAGAGGACUGCACCAGUGAUUUUCAAGGCCAUAUAAUUUAUUAGGUGUGGGCGUUUGUAUCCUCACCACCAGUGUUAAAACCAAACUGACUUUCACACACUAAUGACAGCUCCUCUUGAGGUGACAUGUGAUUUGUCUAUAUGGUGGUCUAUAUAAGGCACUGUUCAAAGCCUGUCCCCCCUCAGAUCUCUGAGAACUCUGAACAUGUGAGACACUCUUCAUACCCAACAUGUGUGAAAAAAUGAAUGCAAAUUUUAGCAAAACAUGUCAAGUUGAAAAAUGCUACGGAAACUUUUUUAAUAUACAUGAACAUAAAUGCUUCACUUUUAGUAUCGAAAGGUCAGAAAGAACCUUUCAUUAUCAAUGCGCAAGGACUAACCAAAUCAUUUUUGCAAAUUUAAGUCUCUCUUUUAAAGAGAAUCUAGUUCAAGAUCAAAACUUGCCUUACCAUGGGGUGUUUGUCUUCAAUACUCUCAUUUUGCUCUUGAGUGGAAUAAUCAACAUAUUGCUAUGUAAAAGACUGAGAAGACCCAGUGAAUUGCAUGCAGAAGUUUCUGACCCGUCUUCACCAGACACACCAGAGCCUGAUUUCAGUUCUUCUCUGAAUCAGGAUAGUCUGAACCCAAACUACACAACCCUACAAUUCCCUGAAAACAAUGCCAGUAGAGAGAGUUCAGAGACUGAGCCAAGAAUGACGAGAAAGGAUACAAUCUACUCCAGCCUUAAAUGUCAAAUGUCAAUGUCGGACAUCACUGAAGAAAGCUAAUCUAUUUCUUGUCCUCCGCAUAUUGCUUUGAACUGCUGCACAGUUGUUGAUGACUUUUUUUUUUCAAUAAUGAUAAAACCUUAUGCUUUACUAUGGAGGUUUUGGCUCCUUAAUUGAGGUGAAGGCAAUCAGUAAUUGGAGCUGCUUAACCUGAUAUGUCUUUGCCCCUGCAAUAUGUACUUUCCUUUUUAUUAUUAAAAUUGCACUUCUACUUUAAAGUUUCCAUAGUAGCUGUUUCAGCUUAUAGUCCAUGAUCAAUAUUCAACUGAUAUUAUUAAAACUGGACCUGACCAAUAUUAAAACUGAUAUGCACUCAAACUAAGCACAACUUGGAAUCAUUUAAAAAUUA